GGCGAAGGUAAACAUUCUCACAGACCUGCUGAAUGAUUUUAUUAGUUAGUGUUAGCUUUUUGACACGUCACGUGGGCUUCUACUUGACAAAAGAAGAUAUUGUUAAAUAUAAAAUGAAGCUGCAAAGUGAGAGGAAAUGCUAGUGACCCUGCGUCUGGCAGUAGUGGCAGUACCUAUGGGUUUACUGCUGUCCCGUAGUAUGGCCUGGAUGUCCAGUGGCAAAACACACCCAGAGCUCGUCAGCAGACUCAGGGAUCAUGGCGUCAUCCGCAGUGACAGGGUAUUUGAAGCCAUGCUGGCUACAGACAGAGGGCUGUACUGCAGAGACUAUCCGUAUACAGAUUCUCCUCAGUCCAUAGGUUACAGAGCGACCAUCAGUGCUCCACAUAUGCACGCUCAUGCCUUAGAGCUGUUAAGUGAAAAAUUAACAGAAGGAGCUUCAGCUCUGGAUGUGGGUUCUGGUAGUGGGUACCUCACAGCCUGCUUUGCAAGAAUGACAGGACCCAGUGGUAGAGUGGUUGGUAUUGAACACAUAGAUGAACUGGUUAAAAUGUCAAUAAGGAACGUGCAGACAGAUGAGCCUGAACUGCUCUCCUCUGGACGCGUCAGACUUGUGGUGGGAGACGGAAGGAUGGGCUUCCCAGAUGGAGCGCCAUAUGAUGCCAUCCAUGUUGGUGCAGCUGCACCUACAGUUCCAAAGGCUCUUCUGGAGCAGCUAAAGCCAGGGGGCCGGCUGGUUCUCCCAGUGGGCCCUGAAGGUGGCAGUCAGGUGUUGGAGCAGUAUGAACGACAGAGUGAUGGGACCUUCAUUAAGAAAGCUUUGAUGGGAGUGGUGUACGUGCCUCUGACAGAUAAGAGGCAUCAGUGGCCGGGGAGGUGGCGUUGGUGCUGUGUCUCUGGUUCCCCAUAACAACUCUCCCUGGUCGCAUUGAGCUCCACAACUAACCACCACCUGCCCCACUGUGUUCUCACCCAGCAACAGGAGUGGGGGAGAGAGCGAGGGACAAGUGCAGGGCCAGAGUCCUGACUAACCCAGUGGACAGAGUCAGGUGGAAGACAAAUUUGUCUUGGGUGUUGAUUCCUCUCACUGUUACUUUGGGGUCGGUGAGUAAAGACGGUAAAUUGCACAAGCAGCUAGGAAUGCUACUAAUGUUUGUGUUUGAAUAGGGAUGCAUUUAUAUUUAUAAAUGAUAUAUAUGCAAGUUUUUAUUCAUGAUGAUAAAAAGGGAGCCUGGAGCUAGACAAUGAUUAAACUUUAUCUACUGAGCAUUGUAAUUAUGUGUUCACCUAUUAAAUUUGCUAUUAAAACCUA